AAAGCCAUUUUUUUCGUCCGGCCACCUAUUACGGAGCGAGGAAAAAAAGGGAUCUUCGCUGUUCAAAUCUGUUAUAAAAUUCAUGGAGGUUUCUCCUCACCGGUCAUCCCCAAUUCCUCUAUCGCCGGAUUCUUCUUCUUUUCCGGCGGCUUCCCCCUCCGUCUCUCUCCUCGCCUCUCAGUUUCUGUUCUCGGAAUAUAAAGAAUGGGGGGCUGCGCCACCAAGCCCGUUGUGUUGAAGGAGGAGGCUCCUAAGACCGCCGAGGAUCCCACAGCCGCCCCAGCCACCGACGCCGGUGAUGCCGGCGGCGGAUCUGUCGAUGAUGCGGCCAAGGAUGUGACCGGCGGGGAGGAGAGUAAGGAGGAGGCCGUUGAGGGCCGUAAAUCGCUUGGCAAUUUCUUUGCGGAGAAGGCCGAAGAGAAGACUGCAGCUACCGUGGAAGAGAAGACCAAGGAAGAGAAGGAAGAAGCCAAGCCGGAGCAGCAGGCCGAAGAGAAGACUGCGGCUAUUGAGGAGGAGAAGACCAAGGAAGAGAAGGAAGAAGCCAAGCCGGAGCAGCAGGCUGAGGAGAAGACUGCUGCUGCUGCUGCUGCUGAGCAGCAGAAAUAAAUAAUAAAAGAGCUCAAAAAGGCUCUGUAAUAUUUUGAUUUAAUUGGAUUUCUUUGAACAUCCUUAUUAUAUUUAUGUGGCUUCAUUGAUUCAUUAUUUGGACUUCUGUUAUGUUUCUGUUGAUUAAAGUUGC